GCACUUGUCUUCCUUCAUGUCCUUGCUCUUGACUGCUUGAGUUGAAUACUACUCGUUAAACAUGGAAAUAACCAUUUUUCAAUGUAUUAUAGUCACUAUAAUUGCUUUAAUUGUUAUUUCUCUUCUGUGGUUAUCAUUUUCGGUCAAACCAAAAUUAAUGGAACUGAAGCAAGCCCACGUUGUGAUUACUGGUGGAUCCAGCGGUAUUGGUAAAGCAGUGGCUGCUGAGGUGCUGAAACAAGGAGCAAACGUCACCAUACUGGCUAGAAAUCAAGCAAGGCUACAGAAAGCCCGGGAGGAACUACAGCAGUAUAUUAAAGAUAAAGACAACCAGAAAAUCCUUGGUAUCUCGGUGGACGUGAGUCAUGAAUAUACAGCAGUUGAAGAUGCCAUCAAAAAGUCCACGCAGGAAUUGGGACCGUGUGACAUUCUUGUCAACUCGGCCGGCAUGUCCAGAGCUGUCUCCUUUGAAGAUACAGACAUCAAUGACUUCAAGCGAGUAAUGGACGCCAACUUCAUAGGGUCUGUCUACCCAACCCGCGCCGUCCUACCAUACAUGAAGGAGCGCAGACGUGGCCGGAUCGUCUUUGUCUCCUCGCAAGCUGGUCAACUCGGCGUGUACGGCUACACGGCGUACGGUAGCAGUAAGUUUGCAGUCAGAGGCUUAGCGGAGACGCUGCAAAUGGAGGUUAAGCCAUAUAAUAUCUACAUCACUGUCAACUUUCCACCAGACACUGAUACACCCAUGUUGACUGAGGAUAAACUCAACAUGCCAAGAGAAACUAUCCUUGUAUCAGAGACAUCUGGCCUGCAUCAACCAGAUGAGAUUGCCAAGAUUAUAGUCAACGAUGCAAAGCGUGGCAGAUUUCAGAGUUACGUUGGACUGGAUGGGUUCGUCUUGGCCACGGUUGCCAGCGGCAUGUCCCCUGUAGCUUCACUCAUGGACGCAGUCUUGCAGGUUUCUCUGAUGAGUCUGAUGAAGGCCAUUUCAUUCAUCUUCAUAGCCAACUUCAACAGCAUUGUCAUGAAGUGCUACAAGGAGAGGGAAAGCCAAAAACAGAAGUAGACAGUGUCAAUGAAAUUUUUAGAACACCCAAGUAAAUCCCUGUCAUUUGAUUGGAGGAUUGUAGGUCACGCGGCAUUCAUUAAUCAAACCAUUGCACGGCCUACGUCAUAAACGGUGCAUUUUUGGUUCAUUUACCGUGCAAUUUCGUUCCAUCCCACUUGAUCUAUUGCAUGCACACGCUAGAUCAAAGAUUGUAUAGCGCUGCGCAUAGACGCGCAGCGGCACUAUAUGAUUUUGGCACUUGACCACAUCAUGCGUUUAAUACAGCAGUACAAAACUUGCAUUUGGGAAUCUGAAGUGGAUGCACUGUUACAAACUGAACUUGCCUUGCAGAUUUUUUUUGCAUUGUUUUCAGAAAUUACAGUAUUAACUUUCAUAUUGUUAAUGUUUUGACUUUUAAGCCUUUGUUAAGUUUGAACAAGCUGAAAAAAAUAGUGAAUGAAAGAGUACAAUUUUGUAAAUUUUGCUUGUCCUUAUAGUUUUAUCCUCCAAUCGAUUGACAUAGAUCUACUUGGAUCUUAUAUAAAACAAAUAAUGAAUAUUUUGCAUUCAUUUUAAAUGAGCCUCCACAGUUUUUACAAAUGAAACAAGUAUAAUAAUGCUUUUUUUCCAAAAUUCUCCGUCUAACGCCGUGAAGUGUGAUAUUAAAAUAACACAGACCGUAAGUAUUUUCUUCAAUCAUGUUCUGUGAUCUGAACAUUUUGAUGUAUGAUGCAAAGAUAUUGGAGUUUUUCCAGUUUCUCAUUCAGUGAUUGUAAUUAUAUCCUCCUUUUUUAUGCACCUCUGGCGAUGGCAAAGGAGCAUGGACUGCUUCUACGCACGUGACGUUGUUUCUGCAUUCAGCAGGGGACAUUGAAUAAUAGAGGACAAUAGAGGUCCCCAGUUCCCGAGAGGUCUGUAAUUUGGAUACGUGUACAAAAAUAUGGGAGGUCUUCCUAAAAAGUUUAAGUACAAACAAAAGAGAAACAAAUGUUGAGAGUAGACUCCGGUACUGAAUUUAAAGGUAAUUUUUAAAAGUGGAUGUUUUCAAAGACGCACGAGUUGUUGUAGGCGAAUCCGAAGUUCACAGAUCGCAGGGUAUCGUUGAAAGAUUUAAUUGAGCGCUAGCCGAACAUUUGAAGAGCGUGAUCCUACUUGCUGUUAGGUCUCUGAGUCGCACAAAAUCAUGACUUGACUAAUUGUCAUCAGAAGCCAAGGUCUCUAUUUGGCCCUACCCCUCUUAACCUGUUUUCCAGAGAGCGGGGAACCUAGUGUGGACGUACCAAGUCCACAGAGUGUUCACUCUGCCAGCAUCCUUUGGACCUCUUUAGUUCACAGGUCUGCAAAGAGUAUGUAAGGUUAGAUAAAGCAGGGUGUUGAUGGUGUAAAUCAAGGAUUUUCUAUUGUUCCUCAUCAUCGAUAUUUUGUUGAUCAUACUUAUUUUGCAACAGCUCCCAUUGGUUUUGUACACGUUUUCUAAUCGAGGACGUCCUCGAUUUGACCCCUGUCCUCAAUUACUCGAUGAUGCUUCACAUGUGUGUCCUCGAUUUACCCCAUAAUUAUGUGCAUACAUUUGAUGACCAUUUUCAACAAAUGAUGUACAUUCGAGGACAGCAAAGAAUCUGUUGUUCUCUCUUUGUGUUGAUGUAUGUAGCAGAAAAGCGCACACACACAAGCAUAACAAGUGUGUAUUUUUUUAGGAGGACCUCCCAUAUGUUUUGUACACGAAUCCAAAUUGGGGACCUUCGGGAAUUUGGGACCCUAUCGUCCUCUGUUGUUCAACGUCCCCUAUUGAAUGCAGAAACAAACUCACACACAUAACUCGGGAGAACUCAGAGAUUGGUUUCAUAUUUUAUUGAUGAAGUAUGUCUGGUUUAUGUCUCAGUUAUGUCCAAUUUUUACACACGUAAAAUGCAGGGAUCUGAUUUAUGUUAGGGGCCAUUUGCAUGUACACAUGUACAUUCUUAUUUUGUAUACUUUGUAACAAGUGUUUAUGCACAAUGGGACCUUUUAAAAAGGCCCAAAGCUAUGUUACAUAUGUACAUGUAUAUUAAGAUGGUAUGAACAUUGUAAGAUUUCUGCGUACACAAAUAAAUUAUUGAAACCCAUGGUGAUAAUUGACGCUAGUGUGAGAUG